CCCUUCAGUCCGGCAGCUGAUCAAGUCGCAGCGCGUGCAGAACAAACUGGGCAUCGUCUUUGAGAAGGAGAAGGACCGGACGCAGCGCAAGGAUUUCGUGUUCGUCAGCGCCCGGAAAAGAGAGGCGUUCUGCCAGCUGCUGCAGCUGAUGAAGAACAAGCACUCGCACCAGGACGAGCCGGACAUGAUCUCCAUCUUCAUCGGCACCUGGAACAUGGGCAGCGUGCCCCCACCCAAGAGCAUCACGUCGUGGUUCACCUCCAAGGGGCUGGGCAAGGCGCUGGAUGAGGUGACGGCCAGCAUCCCGCACGAUAUCUACGUCUUUGGCACCCAGGAGAACUCGGUGGGAGAUAAGGAGUGGGUGGAUUUCCUGCGUGCUGUGCUCAGGGACUUCACCGACACCGAGUACCGCCCGGUAGGAUUGGGACAACGGGUUUGGAGUGCUGUAGGGGGGGCACAAACGUGGGGGGAACCUCGGCCCUAAGUGCUGUGGGGUGGG